AUGUUUCUUUUUUUUUGUCGCUUCGUAGGAGAUCUCAGGCCAAAUAAAAAUUAUAUUGACGGUGCUAUACUUGUUUACGAUGUUGCUCGAUAUAAAAGCAAAAUAAAAAUAAAGGAAUUAUUACUUGAUGAAUAUAGUAGCUAUAUCAAUAAUAAAAUUCCUAUUAUGAUCGUUGCCACUGAAUGUAAAAAUAAAAUUAGAGAAGAUCUUCUAGAAGAUAAAAAUUUUUUUGGAGAAGAGUUUUUAUUUAAUGCAAUUUCAAUUAAAGAGAAAACUAGCAUUAAUAUCGAUAAAAUCCUAAAAGAAAUAAAAGAUUUGAAUGAAUUAACCUCUCCAAGCAACCAAUUUAAGUUAAUGAUGGAACAUGCGACACAAUUAUAUUUGUGUGAGAUUCCAAAUCCUAUUAAUGAUAUGCAACGACAAGUAGAAACAUCGGUAUUGCGUGAUGGAAUAAAGGGAAUAAAAUCAUUUUUAUCAUUGGUAUGUAUUUAG